AUGCCCCACGUCCUACGGCUCCCUCAGAUUGACCUAGCUUCUGUUCUAGCAGAGCAGAAUCCACAUAUCGAGCUCCGAACUCACAUCUAUGAAAAUUCCACCCGCAAUUUCCUAAAGGCACUCAUCACCUACAAGAACCGCGCGAUCGCCACAAUUUCAGACCGCCGAAAGCAUCAAGCUAUGGAAAAGAAAAAGGUGGCGGAAAGGGUCAAUCUUGUUGAGACCGAAACGAAUCAAUGCAAGCUAAGAGAGAUCGAACUUGUGGCAGACCUUGAGCGGGAGAACGAAGAAAGGAAGGACGCAGAAUUGUCGAUUGCUGCGUUCAACCGUCAGCUAGCAUCAUUGCGCGACAACUGCGUGUCUAUCGAAACUGAAAUAGAACAAUACCGUGCAAUUUCGGAUAAUCUCCGUCGAGCAAAAAACAAAGAACAGUCGUUGUUGCACACACAUGCGUCUAAGGUGUUACCAGAGCUCAACUUUUGUGAACAACGCCUGUCGUGUGUGAUUGAAGGCGUUGAAAGGGACCAAUUACUUGUUCGCUUCGCCAGACUUCAGCCUUCAGAUCAGAAUUGCGAAGCAUCUUUUGUGAUUGACGUUUCCAAUAAAACCUACCGAAUCAUUACAUCGUCGCCCCAUCUUCCAAUCCUACCCAUCCUCGUUAAUGCUCUGAACGAAACUGGAGAUGUAUACGCAUUUGUCAGGCAGGUUCGUGACCAAUAUCUUGAAUUGUUUUCUGUGCUAUGA